AACUACAAAGAAAAGGAAACAAUUCCCUCACAAUCACACGAGAGGGAAAAAAACUAUACUCGCAAAUGGGGCAAAAACAAAACAAAAUCCACAAAACCCUAAUUAAUCUUCCAUGGUUGCUUGUCUUACAAGUAUUCACCACGGCUCACGGCGACCGGCCCGAAUUCACCACGACGGAGCUCAAGAUCCGGAACGGGAUGUACGGAAUGAACCGGACAGAGAUCAUCUACCACUGUCGGGGCCUAACCGGAAGCCGCCUUGACUACGGCUGGCGACGGGCGAAGAAUCCACCGCUAGGGCAUUCCUUCAGCAUAAUCGUCGAAGGAGGAGGCAAACUACAGGAAGAGGUUCACAGCUGCCAUUUCCGGUCGGCCCUAGGGACCGCCGACAUCGAGAUCCGUACGACGGCGAUCGACGCCGAGAUCUGCGUGAAGAAAUCGGCUUGCGCAGUUCACGUCGCGACAAGGGAAGGGAUUGUUUUCGAGGGCAAGGAAUGGGAUUUCAGUGAGAGGUACCCGAAGCUCAAGAACGUCAGGUAUGUCGAGGCUCAGUGGAAGCCUUGGCCACCACGCAACCGCCGUGGUCGGACUCAUGGGCACACGAAAAUGGGUUUGUUGAUCAAAACCCUAGUUUCUUGCCUUGUCCUGCAAGCAAUCGCCACCACCGGAAAAUCCGGGUCUACCCCGAAAAACGUGGACUUCGCUAUAAGGAUACGGAACGAGAUGCACGGAACAAACCGUACGACGGUAUUCUACCAUUGCUGGUCGGCGGAAAAAGACUACGGCUGGCACAAAUCCUUCCCGGCGGCUGAAUUCUCUUGGCACUUCGACGUUCUUCCGUACGGUAACGGAGUCAAGAUCCACAGCUGCGAGUUCCGAUCAUCGGAGGGAUCCAUUAACAUCGAGAUCGAGACGAUGUCCACUACGGCCAUGCUCUGUGACGGCCACGUGUGCGUAUACGCCGUUAGAUCCGACGGGGUAUACUUCCUCGGGUACGAGCUGUAUUACCCUUCUCACGCUUUCGGCCGGUACUUCGAGAUGUUGAGGCCCGUCGAGAAGAUCAUCGAGCCGUGGAAGCCAUGGUCGCCGCAUCAGAUUAGGGUUUUGCGCCACGCCGUCCGCCGGCGCCGCCGCAGGGAAAGGGAUGCUUAUCUGAAGAAGUUGGCGGAUGAUGAGAAUAUCGAGUCUCCGAAAAUGGGAGGAGGUAUCGUCAAAACCCUAGCGUAUUGGUUUCUUGUCUUGCAAGUAAUCUCCAUGCCCGGGAACGCGAUCGGCCCCAGAGAAGUUGAAUUCUCGAUUCUGAUAAAGAACGAGAUGCAUGGCCUGAAACGCCCGUCGGUCGUUUACCGGUGCUGGUCCAGGUUGAGAGAAUUCCGGUGGCACAGAUCGGAACUCAAAUCGGAAUUUUCUUGGGAUUUCAACGUUCCACCGUUCGGCACCGGCGUCGUGGUCCACCGGUGCCGUUUCCGGUCGAGCCAAGGCACGGCCGAGAUCGAUAUCAAGACGGUGUCCAUGACGGCGAUGCUCUGCGGAGGGCAUUUGUGUAAAUACGUCAUCAAACCCGACGGGAUCUACUUCGUCGGCUUCGAGACGUAUUACCCUCACAACGUUUUCCUACGGUUCUUGGAGCUCGUCCGACCAGUGGAGAAGCUCGUCGAGCCGUGGAAGGCGUGGUCGCCGACGCAGCUGGAGGCCCUGAGACGCAGACGCAAACGCGAUGACGGGGUUAGCGUUCGCGAUAGCGACAAGAAUCGCGGAAAGGGCGACAAGGGCAAAGACCAUGAUUCGGACUAAAGUUGUCAAAGGACGUGUUUGUCCAAGAAUCGAAAGAAAUUGUGAGUUAGUUUAGUGUCAGCACAGUUAGGUUUCCACCCGAACCACAU